AUGAGUGAAAUAGCCGAACCACAAUCACAACCACAGCUAGACGUAACAAUUCCAGAACAAGAACCGGAACAAGAACCGGAACAGGAACGAACAGGGAGACCACAAGAGACAGAGGAAGAACGUGCCGAAAGGUUGGCGAAACAAGAAGAAAUCGAUAGUCGUUCGGUGUACGUGGGAAAUGUUGAUUAUCAAUCGACUCCUGAGCAAUUGGAAUCAUUUUUCAAAGCUGUCGGGGUGAUUGAAAGGAUCACUAUCUUGUUUGAUAAAUAUUCUGGAUUACCAAAAGGAUAUGCUUACGUGGAGUUUGAGAUCCCUGAAAGCGUGGAGAAGGCAAUUGAAGAAUUACACGGUAAGGAGUUCAGAGGCAGGGACUUGAGAGUUACUCCUAAGAGAACCAAUUUACCUGGGUUCAAAAAGAGAGGUGGAUUUAGAGGAAGAGGAGGUGGUAGAGGACGUGGAGGCUUCAGAGGUAGAGGACGUGGCGGAUUUCGUGGUAGGGGUCGUGGCGACUCUGGAGAUGAAAACGGAAAAAGUUUCGAAGCAAAUGCAGAACCAGCUACUAAGGAAGAUUAG